AUGGCCAUAUUAUCAAAGUAUAACUUAGAAAAAUAUCAAUUUGGUACUGAUGUUCGAAAAAGACAUCAACUCUAUGGAAUGUCAGGAAAAAUAAUAUAUGAAGGCAGAUGGAUAUCACGACGCGAUGGUCCAAUAAUUAUUGUUGAAAUGAACGAAGCCAUUGCCACGCGUGAAGCUCUUUUUUAUUUAGAAGUAAAUGGUCAUCAUAAUAUUAUUAGUACACUUGGUUAUGUUGAAAAUAGUUUAAAUUUAACAAUAUUUAUACAAGAAUUUGCGAGGUUGACAGAUUUAGCUGGUGUCUUAAUGGAUAAUCAAUUUGUUAUUUCUCAAACGAUAUUAAUCGAAAUGUUUUUACAGAUUGCUGGUGCAAUGAGUUAUAUUGCAAGUAAAAAAAUUGUACAUGGUGAUUUAGGUUGUAGAAAUGUACUGGUUUUUCAAUUGGAUUCAUCUGAACCAAAACAAAAUUUAGUUAAAAUAACUGAUUUUGGUCUGGCACGUUGGAUCGAUCAACCACCUGCUCAUGAAAAUGAAUUAGUUAUUCCAAUUCGAUAUUGUGCACCAGAAAUUCUUCGAAAUAAUCGUCAUUCAAAUUAUUCAGAAAAAUCUGAUGUAUAUUCAAUGGGUGUUCUCAUUUUUUUUUCUUUGUCAUUCUCC